CAGAAGAAAGAUAAACAUACAAAAAGAAGAAGGCCUUCCCGUUCAAGAACUCCACCUACGAGGUAACACAACGUUUUUAAGAAAUUUUAACUUGUGUUAGUGGUUCUAGUGGUAAUCAGGUUUUAAUAUCAAUUGAUACGGAUUAAUUUAUCUGUUUUUAAAAGUUUCGAAAAGAUCCACUUUCCAUGGGUCAGUGGAAGGGUGGAUGGUCGCCCCUUUAAUAGCUCCUUUUUUUCCUGCAGGCUGUUUGAUGAAAAAUCAGAGGGACCAGCAUCCCCAAGAUGGCGAUCAAGAUCUCCGAUCGCAAGAGCAUCGAGGUAGGUUAACAAAAUGAGAUAUUUUUUACCACGUACUGUAACACCUAAAUCUCGAAAACUACUUCCUACCAGUUGGAUCACUGUCUUAAGGUUUCCUUCGAGAAAGAUUUUUAGAGUGAUACAAAAAGUCAAAAAAGUGUUCAUGAUGUGGACAUUAAGCCCCUUUAAUUCAAGAUCGAUCAAGAUCUCCCCCUCUUCUUGCAGGGUGUUUGAUGAACAAUCGACACUUGUGGAACGAUCACCAUCCCGAAGCCGAUCAAGAUCUCCGAUCGCACGAGUACCUAGGUGGGUUAAGAGUGAUAUUUCAUUAUAGUGUAACUCAAUAAUUAUAUCCUAUCUGUAACAACAACAGUUGCAUUUCCUAAUAUUUUGUUUGUCUCCUUCCCUAAGUUACCGCAACCCUUCAACGAGCAGCCAGCGGACCAUGGACUCAUUUAUUGAGAACAAAAGUAAGUGGUUUUAAUCUGUAUUAAUCAAUGCGUCGUUAGUCUACCGACUGUAAAUUCCACAAAAAUUGUUAUUAAUUAUUUAAUACUUAUUUGUGAAAGAAAAUUGCACAUGAUUUGCCUCCCUUAAUUUUUAGUUACUGCGUAAUGACAUUUUCACGCUGACAGCUCGUUGUUAAGUUAAGUCAUGCCUGUUUUUUACCCAAAACGCCAAGUUAGUAUUUACUUCCCAAAUAACUCGGACAAAAACGUCUACACUAUGAUUUGACAAACGUAGCCUUAGUGACUAAGAGAAAAGAAGGCGUUUCCUUUAACUUGCCUCGGGGAUGUUUUACAAUUGGUUUGAUCUUCCACAACUAAAGUUUCAGUCGAAACGUUACUGUAGUAAAGACAACUCAAGACAACAAAUGACCGACACAAAGCUCUGUAUCGAUCUGUAUAAAACAAUAUAUUUUCAAGUAACUAGUUACAACCAAUAGGAAAACCUAUUCCAAAUAUGUGUUUAAAAUUGCUACUUUAGAGAUGACAGUUACCUCGCACAAGAAUUCAGGAAAUUUACCAACUGACUCCUUCACAUCUCCGUCACUCCCAGAACCCAAAUACCGGAUUGUACCAGGUAAUAUAACUUGUUUUCAAUUAAACAAACGUGACUAACAUUGAGGGAAUUUCAAACUGUACCCACGGUUUCGUAAUUUGCAGGGCUCUUACUUCUAUGUCUUUUAACACUCGGUCUGUUUGUUUCUAUCUGAUUUUUUAUAUUAGACUUGCUCAAGACGUUUGUGUCGCGUAGUUUAAAUCACGUACAAAUCCGUGUCCGCUAUUGCACUUAUUGGCUCUUUUUUUAAAUAAAUUUGAAGAUGUUGAUAAUGACCUCAUUCAUUUUGUCGAUCAGAUCUGAUGCAUAUGCCCCUGAACCAAAACAUUUAGACAAACAAACUGUUCUUUUCUGCAGUACUUGAAGAUAACAUCCCAAGUACCCUUAGAAUAAAGCUCUUCAUGAAUCCACCAGACGUCAGUGGCAAAUACCCACUGGAGCGAAAGCGACUCUGGCACUUUACCCCAGCUAAAAAGGAUCAACUUUUGCUGGCCACUACGAUAGAAUUAUUUAAGAGUUACUUCGGAACCUCUAACUAUCUUGAAUUAUCCUAUUUUGACGGGGAGGAAGGAAUGCUAAUCCUAAAAAACGAAGAUUUGAAGGAAGCCUGCAGUUAUUUUGUGCAAUGCUAUAGAGACUUUGACAACUACCAGGACUACUUGAAAAUUUACGUAAAUGAAAAGCUGAAACCGCAAGUAUCCCCUACUGUAACCGUGAAAUUGCCAGAGGGCACGUCAACACAGGCAAAAGGCCUUUACAACCUACUUACUACUGAGCCACGGUCGAAUGUUGCCGCAUCAAAACUUGACAAGAUGAAAAUUAAAUUGAACAAAGAAUUUAACGUAAAGGAAAUUCAAGGUGAAGUCCUGGACAAGUCUGGGAUAAAGUGCAUCGGUUGCAAGAAGGUUGUGAAAUUGGGAAAACCUUACAACAUACAUAACUUCAGGAAGCACUUUAAAAGAUGUCAAAAGAUUGACUCCAGGGCCGGAACUCAGUCAAUAGCUUCACUUUUUCUCGCUAUGGCAGCUAUUUCUCAGCAAGUCAAGUCCAAAGCAGAGGAAAUGAUAGCUGAAUGCCACAUUCUGAAAGAUAAUGGGGAGGCAGUAGGAGAACUCAUGGAGUCCUUACUACAGGUUGUUAAGAAGCCUUCCUCUCUUGAUGCGGUCGCUGGUGAAAUAAAACGUCAGACGUUAGAAGCAGUGAAGAGUAAAGAACACCCUCUGUACAAACAUUUUACCGCACUCUGUGUAGAAGGAAAGGUUGAAAUCGAUGACGAGAACAGCUCGGAGGAAACUACUACUGCAAGCAGUUCCGAUGAAGAAUCAGAUGACUCCACGGAUGCCUCGAACGCAUCAGAUUUAUGA